AUGAUGUCGUCCGGGUCCGUGGUGCGGAUGAAGCUCGGGAAGUCCCGAAGCCUUAUGCCUUUCAUCCCUGGGACCCACUCCAAUUCCGUCUCGAGCCAUGAAGCCACAAGCGCUCGUGGUAAAGAAAACGAGCUCUGGAAUAUUAAGCUUUUCAGCAGCAUCAAGCGUGAAGCUCAUGACCCCGUCAGAGACUAUGCAAGUGACGGGCGGGCAAUCGGUGGAGCUGUUGAGGUUCUGAAUGAGCUCCAAAAACGGGGGAAGGCCGUUUUUGGUGAGGGAGUCGCAAAGUUGAGCCCAUCGGGUAUGGCCCGGAACUGGAAGCCCGGGAGGCCCAAUAAGGAUUCGGGCCCACGGGCUCGGAGGAGUCUGCUGUGGUUGAAUUCGGUGUUGACGAAGGUUAUGAAGAAGCCUCUGGAGUGGAGGAGCUUGGCUAGUUUCAGGACAGGGGCUAUGUGGCCCUGUGCU